CUUUUUUGUAAUUCGAUGGUGUAUUUUUCGUAUUCUUAUGUGUACAAGACGGCUGUUUUCAUUGAAAAUCUUGUUUAAAUACAUUGCGGCGUGUAGUGGUGACAUGAUAUCUUCUAGAUGCAAUUAGGUAACAAAGAUAAGAGUUACAAGAGAGAUCGUCGAGGUUGGCAUUCCUGAAAUGAGGUUCACCCUAGAGGAGGAGAACGAUCCAACAUUUCUCUAUACAUUUAUUUGCCGGGAGAGAGACUUUAUUCAAUUGUGCAAAAACCACAACCUCCAUGUUGGAGAUUCGGAAAACUUGUGUGAGGGUAUUCUCGAUUGCCUUCGGGAGGUGAAGCAGUCAGGGCUCAGGGUUCGUCCCAUACAAUUUGAACUUAUGAAGACGGUGGCCCACCUGAAGUUACCACAUCUUCAGAUCAGAUGGAGACCGGCAUGUAAGACCAGAGUCACACAACACAACAAGAUGCGACAAGAGGAGAAGGAGGCAUUGAGGAAGAAGUUGGAGCGAAAAUGCCGUGAACAGAGAGUGGAAAUUCAGACCAUGGCAGAGAUGAGGGCGGAGAAUGAACGCAUGAGAGCUGAGAUUGCAGAAUUGAGGGAGGAAGUCAGGUCUCUUAAAGAAGGGGCCAAUGCGUGUACAGCCCCUUCAACUGUAAUGGCAGAUCAGAGCAGGAUCCCAAGGCCAAUGGCUCCUGCCCCUGCCACUGCCCACAGGAGCCUUUUUGCAGCUGUGGGCAGAACGAGACCUGGCUUCGCUGCGGGAAGAGUUACUACAGCAACAACAACUGUGCGCAGGACAGAACCAACAACUGCGCGCAGUAAGUCAACUUCUUCCCGCAGCACGGCAGCACCUGCAGGCAGUACAACACGAACUGCAACACGAACUACAACAUCAGCCUGCAGCUCUGCUGCCACUGCCCCCAGCACAUCAGCUGGUGGGCAGACAGCUGCCCCCAGCACAGCAUCAGCUGGUGGGCAGACGGUCGAGGGUGGGGCAGCUCGAGGUCGGGGAAAAGUUUCAUCAAAACGAAAACGUCAUGAUGACGAUGGGGGGCAGGCAAAGAAGAAAGCAGCUUGGAGGUGAAAAUAGAAAAUGCCUGCCCCUCCCCCACCCCUCGACCAAACUCCCUCUUCUGCAUCUCAGCCAACAUAACCUGCUCAGCUUCGUUUUACAUCGUUCUUCUAAAUCGCUAAUAUCUCGCCCAACAUAUCAUCUCAACAUCGCUCCACACUUCUCCACCUUCUACCACAUCAGCAUCGGUUGUCAUACGAACAUUACAGUGCUCUACAAUGGUUAGAGCUGUGUUGUGUCAUGCCGGUCUCCUUGGGCCACCGUCGAACAACGCCCUGAUUGUGAACAUCUCAAAAGGACAUUCCCACGAACAAAAACUGACGAUUUUUAUAAGUGAAUGUGUUAAUAUUUUUUGGGGUUAUAUACAGGUUUGCCUUUUGAAAAAUUACAAUUCUAUUUCAUUCCAACAGUGAUUUUUUUACUGGAAAAGAUUGUUCAUAGCCUUGUGUCGAUUUUGUUAUUUUGCAAAAACUUUAACCUUUACUGAAAUACCGUUGAUACAUUCUAAUGAAACUUGGUAGACAUGUUGCCAGAAUCAUGUUGCCAGCAAGAUAGAACUCUUUAUGGUAUGAUUUUCAUAUUUUAUAGUCUUAUUUUACAUCAGUUCUAUUCCGGUAGUAUUUUUUUCUGAAAUUCAGUCAGGGUUAUUAUUCAAGCAUUUAAAGUUGACCACUUACAUCUACCAAUUAAUUAUUUUACUAUGGUCAAGUGCCAUAUUUG